CUGCCCGCCCGUCUCCCCGCUCCCAGACUUCCUGCCCCUGAAGUGCGACGCCUGCGAUCAGAUCUUCUGCACCGACCACAUCGCGUACGCCCAGCACGACUGCACCUCUGCCUACAAGAAGGAUGUGCAAGUCCCCGUGUGUCCCCUCUGCAACACCCCCGUCCCCGUGAGGCGGGGGGAGAUGCCCGACGUCGUGGUGGGUGAGCACAUCGACCGUGACUGCAAGUCCGACCCUGCGCAGCGCAAGCGCAAGAUCUUCACCAACAAGUGUUUGAAGCCUGGCUGCAAGCAGAAGGAGAUGAUGAAGGUGAUCUGUGACCAGUGCCACAAGAACUACUGCCUCAAGCACCGACACCCCCUGGACCACGACUGCAGCGGGGCAGGGCGUCCCCUUUCCAAGGCAGGGCAUGCUGCAGUCGCGAGAGCCCAGGCAUCCUCCUCCAAAACAGUCCCUGCAUCGAGCAGCGGAGGUGCCCGGCCAGCAGACAGCCCCUCUUCUCCACCCUCUGCCGGAGGAGGCAGAGCCGCUGUGUUGCAGACCCGCAGCACCUCCCCUCCAGCUGUCAUGCUGCAGAAUGGGCUGAGCGAGGAAGAGGCGCUGCAGCGUGCUCUGGAGAUGUCCCUGGCAGAGUCAGCACGCAGCUCAGUGCAGCCACCCAGCAGCACGCAGGAGGAGGAGGAUCUGGCCCUGGCCCAGGCGCUGUCGGCGAGCGAAGCCGAGUACCAGCAGGCACAGCGGCAGACACAUGGUUCAAAGCCUUCAAACUGCAGCAUGUCGUAG